AUGUCUAAUUCAAUGAUAAACACUACUGGUAUAAAACAAUUAUCUACUCCUACUACUACUCCAACUUCUUCAACUAUGAAUUCUACUGUCAAUACCCCACAACCCAAUCUUGCUCUUCCACUGACACCUUCACAAUCACAAGCUACACAAUCUCAACCACCACAUCCUCAUCCUCCUUCAAUUUUCACAUCUAUAUCUCCAAGAAAUAGUAUAACUUCAUUUAGUAAUAACCGACCAAAUUUAACUACAAAUAACAAUCAACGCAAUUAUUCAAUAAGUUCAUCUACUACUAGUGGUUCUGGAUCUCCUAAACGAUAUUCUUUUAGUGAAUAUUCAAAUGAACAAAUUAUCGAUUUAAUGGAAAGAGAACAAGAUGCAAUUGUAUUGAAAUUAAUGAAGGAAAUUCAAUCAUUAAAACAAGAAAAUAAACAAUUGAGACUAAAUCAGUAUAAUAAUAGUAAUAAUAAUAACAAUAAUAACAAUAGUCCUUGUAUAACCAGUACAAGUAAUAAUACAGGUAUUAUGAGUGCUCCAAUAACCCCUUCAGUACGUCGUUCAUCUUCCUUAUCUUCAAGAUCUUCAUCAACUUCUGCAUCAACUUCAUCAUAUGGUAAUAAUAAUAAUAAUAGUUCCAACUCCAACAACAACAAUAAUAAUAGUCAUAGUAGAAGUGGAAGUAUUUCUACCUUAAUGACAUCUUCACCAGUAUUUAAUUAUCCAUUUAGAGAACAACAGAAAGAAGCUUUAAUUUAUCAUAAUAAUUGUAAUAAUAAUAGUGAAGUUAUUAAAAAGAAGCAAAAGAGUGAAUUGAAUACAAAUGGUAGAAGAAUUAGUUUAAAAUAUGAUGAAGUUGUUGAUGAAAAUAAAAAUUUAAAGAGGGAAUUGAAAAAAUUACAAGAUGAAUUGGAAUUGUUAAAAAAUAGUAAAUGA